AUGAUCUGCCUGGGGUCCUUCUUCAUUUCCUCCAACUCUAUAUUCCAUUGUCAAAGAAACCUGAUCAUUGCGUAUUCACUUCUGCCUCUGGGCUUUGUGAUCCUUCUGAGUGGAAUUUUCUGGAGCACCUACCGCCAGGCGAGUGAAAACAAAGGGGUGUUCAGCCAUGCACUCAGACGACACCUUGCUCACGGGGACCUGCCCCUGGCCACAGUGGACAGGCCAGACUUUUACCCUCCAGCUUAUGAGGAGAGCCUCAAUGCCCAGAAACACCCCUGUCCUGCAGAGGGAGAGGCCUUGGACAUUUCUCCACCUCUAUAUACAGAGACGGGCUUUGAACUCCAGGGUGAAAAUGAUGCCCACCCAGAGUCCCCACCAUCCUACCAAGCGUCUGUAGCAACAUCAGAGGAUGCUGAGAGGCCCAGCCCAGCGCGGACGGCAGGACACACCCUCGUGGGAAUCAGCUGCUAA